AUGACAAAUAUGGACUUGCCGACGACGCCAAUCGGCAAGCAACAAGUGAUUGAUCUUCGUGCGGGAGCCAUUCUUCGGGAAAACUCCAGGUUUUCAAAUUCGCUUUCUAGAAAAAGGCUUGCGAGUCGAGCGUAAGUCAUGUUCCUCUGAAGAAUAGCUCGUUCAAAAAUCGUUCUAGAACGUUUCAAAAAGCAUGAACCUAUUUUGAAGGUAGUACAGAAAAUAUUUCGAAAAAAAAAUUGAUGCCGUGUUCAAAGUAAUUUCCGCGAAAUGCAAAAUGAUCUCUGACUCUCCAAAAUUUAGUGAUCUUUUCCUUUCUCUAACGGGUAUUUUGCAUUUCGCAGAAAUUACUUUGAACACGGCCUGAAAACGACAGUAUCUGCGCGGCGUUUGUAGCGCUUUUACUGCGUACAUCCCACAGUCAAAACAUGGAUUAUUACGAGCAAAAAGGAUUUUUAUUAUUUUUUUAUUGUUUUAGCCCCUUGAAUGUUUCAUGACGAGUUAGAAGUUGUUUCUGAGUAUUGAAAGUAGACAAGACCAAUGUGGUUACAAUGACUUUAAUUUAAUUUGAUGCAAUCUGAAAUUCCAUUGAAAGCCGAAAUACUUUGAACGCUUGAAAACGUUAGAAGACGUGAUUCCAUUGGGAGAAAUCCGCAAUGAAUCUUUUUUUGUUUUGAGGCGAAGUUUUUUUCAUUUUUUCGCGACCUCGAGGCCAUCGCUCAAAUUCUUUUUUCGCUUCUCGAAUUUGGACUGCCAUAUUUCAUGAAAAAUCCGGAAUUUUUUCUAUCUGAGAGUUCUAGUCGAUUGAAGAAUGGGGAAGUUUUUUUGUCUAAUGUGAGCGAUCUCAGAAAGAGCAACCAGUAUUUGGGAUGUCCCGUCGGCGUUCUUCUGAUUCUCGUGGUGAUGCUCAAGUCGGCCAUCAUUGGCGCCUGGAUCAUCAGAGGCAAGAAUUCCAAUAGCUAAUAUUUGAAUAAAAUCGAAAAUUGCAGAAUACAGUCACUUCGAUUUUGUUUGCAACUCUUUGGACCAGAACUCGUUGAUCAGAGUAAAAAGAUGGACCCCCUUGUAAGCUUCUUUAUUUCUGAUCAGACUGGCUCAAUCAUAAUUUUAUAAGUAAAAAAUACCUUAUUAUGAAAUUGGCUUUUCUGGUAGCAUCAUGGAAAAACAUAUUGUUAAAGCAACAGCAAUUCGGAAGCUCUCGACCCACGGACCUUUGCCAAAGAUGAUAACGAACUGGAAAAUGAGCUUCGGACGGGCGAAGAAAUCAUCAAAAAAGCGAAGAAACGGCCCGUUUUAGGUGAGUUGGUCUUUUUUUUUAAUAUAUGCUGUAUGAUUAUAAGUUUUUUUUAAGUUGCGUAUAGAAUUUCUCAGAAAGCUGCGGUUCAAAAUAGGUUUCUUACAUUUUGACCGAAAGGUCGACAAAAAUUUGAUGGAUCUUAGCUGAAGCAGCUUCAGAACUUUCCAGUAAAAUGGUUCGACCAUUUCAAAAGAGAGCUGAUAAUGAGAUAUUUCAAAAAAAUAUAGUCGAAAGAGCAUAAAAGAUUAAACUUCCAUUAAAAAACAUGGUUUGUCUUCUAGUUGCAAUAAACUGAAUUAGAAAUCGGAAGCUUUGUAAUUGGGAAGGGCUGAUGCACCUUUUCAAGAAGAUUAUGAAGCUUUCAGUAAAUUCCCCGCGUAAUUUUUUUCUAUUUUGAACAUGGAAAAAUCAGGUGGCAGCCGACGCGGAGCUUCGUCUUCCAAUACAUACGAGCUGGGCCCAAUCGGAGCAAAUUUGCGCGUCUCCCCAGAAGCCGUCGAAGAAGACGACGACAUGACGCCUUCGACGGUCGUCACGUUGACCAACACCCAGCUGAUUCCUCUGAAAGGCAACGACCACGGCACCGUCAAGUAAUUCCUUCCUACAAACUCUGAAAGCUGAUUAGUGCUCUCAGGAUGAAGACGAUUCGCAACCGAGUCGAAAAGAUUGGGUCCGACGAAGAGCAGUUCAUCGAGAUCAACAUCGCAGACGCGCCUCGGAUCUACGUCUCGAAGAUCAAGUCGAGAAAUGGAGGCGAUGACCAAGAAGACGAGUUCGACCUUCUCAAAGACUUGAUAACGGAUCAAGAUGAUAAAAAGGUUUUCUCAUUUGAGAAUUUCGAUCGACUCUCAAAGGUAUUUCCAGAAGAAGCGGAAGAAAGGUAAAGGGUUGAAAAAAGCGAAAAAGUUGGAGGAGGAGAAGCAGAAAAGCCUCAACAACACAGAAAACCUGGAGAACGCCAAGAAAGAGAAAAAGCUGAAGGGAAAGGGCAAAAAGAGCAAGAAGAACAACUCCACAGGAGGUUUGAAAAAUGAUGAGCGCAGAAGAUGAAAAAAUGCUUCAGAUGACGUCACGGAAAUGACAAAAGCGCCGCGACAUCUCUUCACGGGCGCCGGAUACAACGCUCCGACGACGUCUCGACCUCAUCAGAGCAGCUGGAUCAACGGCGUCGUCGAUCCAGACGAUCCUCUUUUCUCCAAUCAAGGUUUCUUAUUUUUUCAAUCGAUCGCUUUGCUUGAUGGGUUGGGUCAGAUUUUGCGUCAGAAAUAAAUUCCGUUCAAAAUUUAAAAAAAAAAACGUUUAUUGGAAAAAUCAGGCUCCAUCCGCGGCUAUCCGAUGAAAACGGCAUCGCAAAAGCCGGCCGUGCCUUCUUCGGUCGAACUCAAAAUCUCGAACACGACGCGGAUCAUGUGGGAAAUGGACGAACUCAACUUCACCACUUUCAUGUCUCCAGUGACCACGGAAACCACGAGGACCGUCGUCGAGGAAGUCGAAAUCAAAAAAGUAACAAGUUCCGGACCAACUGAAUUCAUUCAAAGUUUCAGAUUCCCUCGAGACCGACCAUGGGAUCUGUUUUUGCAGAUCCGAAUCCGCAGGCAACCCAAUUGGCUCCCAAAAAUGAGCCCAAGCCUCCGGUUCCCAUUUUCGGCAACCCUGAAUCGAAUCCAGAAUCUGUUAGAACGGAAAUCGUCCAGAAGGAAACGGAGCCUCGGAAAAUGCUUCCUGUAGAGGCCGCAAAAGCUGCCACAACAACUGGUGAGUUUUUUCGAUUUUCAGUUUUAUCUGAAAACUCGUAGAAAUGCGUCGAAUUUCAGCGCGAGUCUGGCUUCCGCCCAAGAACCCCGAUCAUCAUUUUGAAGAAACUGACGAGCUCAACGAGCAGCGAACUCGAUACGAGGUUCGUUUUGAAAAAUCGUUAUAAUUGAAAACUCCUAAAAAAUUAACGAUAAAAUAUCCAAUUUUCUAUAGAUCUAGCCUAGUUUUUUGAAGUAAACUAAUUCUUCAAAAUGGUUUCAUUGCUUCAAAAUUUUUUUAUUUUAUUUUUUUUUUCAUAUUUUCUGAUACCUGGAUUUUUCACAGAAUUUCGUGUCUUGUUCAAGGUAGUUUCCGCGAAAAAAAAUUAUCUCUGACUCUCCAAAAUUUAGUCAUUUUGUUUUACUGUCUGGUGGCUAGUUUGAAUCUCUCAGAAUCACUUUCAACACGGCAUUAUCCAGAAAAUAUUGGCAAUUAAUGAAAAAAAGUAGCAGAAAAGAAUGGGUUUUUAUUUUUUCUUUUUUUAAAGGUUUUUCUUCAUAAGAUGGGGCUUUUUUUGCGCUAGAAAGUGGCUUUUGUUCAAUUUUCUUAAAAAUUCACACUACCAAGAAAAAAAUAUAUCAAAAAAAUAAGACAGGUUCUUAAGAAUAUAAUUUCGAACUGAAAAAAAAAAUCUGAAAAUCUGAAAAUGGACAGGAAUAAUGAAAUUUUGACUUUUUCCUUUUUUUUUUAUGCCCAACUAAACCAUUUUGAGCAUGGAAUCGGCCCAAAUCUUUUCCCUCAAUAACUUGCCUCCAAUCAACCUCUACUAGUUUCCCACCUGUAAUGGCAGAAGGCUCAAACAACUGACGAUUGAUUGAGUGCUUGGGCCAAGGCCCAACUGCCGAUCAAUCGCUGGUUCGCGCCUCCCGCAGGAAGUGCGACCAGCAAGGGUCAACCAGGUACUGAUCUCCCGAACGGGAAGGUCAGCUGCCCUCUUUUUUUCUUUUCCAACGUGCUUCUGGCACCUUUUCGAAAAGUUCACACUUUGCUUGGUGAUCGUAAUUAAACUUUUUAUGAGUCCUAGUUUUUUUGAUAUCUACUUUAAAUGGAUGGUGAACAUUAAAAAACAUCUAUUUGUCUUUCAAGUUGUUUUUAAUAAGAAAGAUUUUUGUAAAAAGUUAAGAAGAAUGGAAUUGUUGAGUCAAAAAUCAAAAUGGAAACCAGAAAAAUUAGUUGAUUCGAGAUAAGAAAAAUCAACGCGCGAGUCAUUUUAAGUAAGAGACGCUUUGAACAAGCCGCUCUUCGGAAAAUAUUCGUUGAGCCAUUUUUCGGUGGUAUGAAAAAAGACCAGCGAAAGUUCAAACGGCGACUUUUCCGAUUUUUUCUUUUCGCUAGAGAACUUUCCGACGGACACCUUUCCGACGAAUUUUUUUCCGUCUUUUUUCUCGAUGAACUUUUUUUGUUUUGAAUCUUCCUAUAUAAAGUAGGUAGUUGGUUCAUGAUUAAAAACACAAAGAAAUAGGAAAAAAAUGUUAACAGAUGUUUUAUAAACCGAAAAAAAUAUGAGGGAAAAAAAGUCGGAAAGGGAUUCGGAAAGUUCCCUAGCGAUAUGAAACAAUCGGAAAAGUUGUCUUCUGAAAUUUCGCUGAAUUGUUUUUAUUAUACAAUCCAUUUUUCAUGCUACCAAAGAAUAGAAAUCCCCGGAAUUUUCGUUACAAAAAUGAAAGUUUUUAAGUCCGAAGAGCAAGUUUUGGAGCCGGUGAACCCGGCGUUCCUCGGAAACCGUUUCGGGUCGGCCACCGAGUCUUCGCCGUUCUUCGUCGACGACGCGGACACCGUCAAGGUCUCCGUCAAAGAUUUGCCGGUCAUCGCGAAUGUUCCGCAGCAGCCGCCGGCUCACGACCCGGAACACUUCGAGGUGAGGUCAGAAAUGGUUCUACUCAGUGAUUUCUCCUAGGCUGAGCUCUCUCGCUUCACGUCUUCUGCUGCCUGCUUUUCCAGGAUAGCUUUCGACGUCUGGUGCUGCGUCACGGUGAGAUUGGUUCUUUUUUCUACCUGGGGUUUAUCCAGAGGGUUUUGAAAGUUGUGGAGAGUUAUUUUCUAUAAAUCUAGAUCAGUCUCUUUUUUUUUAGCUACUCGCCACCGUCCCUACAAUCCUUGGAGUUUGUCGACCUGUCUGGAGUCUUUUCAUCGUCCAAAUCGUCUGCGACGUCGCCUGCCUCGUCGUCGGUUUCGUCAUCAGGUUUUCCGAGAACCUUUUUCGUCAAUUACAUUAAAUUCGUUUCCAGCUUCACACUUGCACUUUUGUCGAUAAUCGUGUACUUCAUGGUUGAUGAAAUGACCUCCGAUGCACUUUUCCAGCUGCUUUUCAUUUCGUUUUCGAUCGGUCGGUUUUUUUUUCUGAUUUUAUUAGACCAUGCUAAAAUUGUUUUCAAACUCUUUUCCUCUUUGAAAAUUUGAAUAAAAAAAUAUUACAGUAGUUAAAUUUGCCAAUUUCUGGUUUUUUUAUUUUGGAGAUAUUAAGUUUCGAAAUUUCAAUGUAGUUGAUUGCCUUAUCUCCGUGAACGCGAAUAUUGAAAAAUUAAUAUCCUCAAAAAAAUUAAAAAUUUUCACAAGGAAACUUAAACAUUCGGGGAGCUUGAGUGAACUUUCCAAAAAAAUUACAAAUUUCAAAAAUAACAAUGUAAGUUUUUUUUUUAGUGACCAUAUCAAAUUUUGGUUAAACUGGGCUAGAAGGUAUUUUUGGACCUUUUGAACACGAGAGAACUUUUCUCAAUAGAUUCAAUCUCCGAGUUUUGACGUUCUUCUUUAUAUUUAGAACAUGAGAAUCGAGAAAAAAGAAUUUAUUACCAAACAUUUUUGUGUUCUGGAACCGAGCCAGCUUAAUUUUAUCCAAAAAUUGAACGGUCUCCUAAAAAGUUUCCCUUGUAAAAUAUUUUGCCUUGCCAGUUGAAUAUCUUCAGCCGUGGCGUUGUUCCUGUACUCAACAAUAGUCGUCGUCGGCUUCCGAUGUUGCAACCGACUUGUCAGGAACUACCGGAAAGACGGCAACGACAAUUUCGCCCCGCAGAGUGCCGACGAAGUUUGACUGAGUCAAUGUUUCACUUCGAAACAAAGAGAUCUCCGUUCACUUUCCUCCCCAAACAACUUCUGCCAUGUCAUUUUCACUUUUGCACCCUCGAUUCGAUAUACUUCAUCUCAUAUCCCUUAAUAGACCACUUCGGAAUUUCGGUAUUGUUCAUAAAUACGGGCCUUUGCAUUUCUCAUAAACAUUAUUAAAAUUUCUUUGAUUUUGCAUAAAAAGUUGAAAAAGAUGGUCUUUCUAAAAAAACGUGUGUAAUUUGAACAGAAAGUUCGAGGCUGCCAGUUUAAAACAACUCUCAAAACAAAAAAAAAAUAUUUUUCAAACUUCACAGAAUCAGCUUUUUUUUGAAACCCGCAAGAUUGUGUUGGAAAUUUUGUAUCUUUUUUAAUUUUUUUGAAAUUCGUUAAAAUGAACUUUUACAGUUUCUUUUCAGAAACGUACGUCGAAAAUGUCCUUGAGAGUUAGCGGAUCACCAAGAUUUUAAUUUCACGAUUGCCAACUAGUUUUUUUUUGAACUCUAUGCACUGUUAAUUAACAUUAGUUUGAGCUAAUUAUAAGUGUUCCGGGAAAACCCUCGGGGAGAGCUAUUUGAACAUUGUCCGAGGUGUGAACUGCGACUUCAAAAGAUUCUCUCUCGGGAGUGUGAACCACGACGACCGUCAUUGACCGGCAUCGAAGCGCCAAGAGCACGGUGCUCGGAGCGUCGUCGACCCCGUGGUGACCUGGCGCGAACUUGGGACGCCGCCCAAGCUCCGCCCACCUUCUUGCGCAACAAUUCCAUCUCCGCACAGUUACCUCAUUCUGUACAGCCACAAAAUGCAGCAGCCACCGCCUCAACCUCCCACUGAACUGCCUGGUCUCGCGCUCCAACGCCAAAUUCCUCCACCGACAGCCAUCAAUUCGCAACAGCAGUUCCCCGGCAUGUUCCAGCCCUUCAACAACGGCUUCUUCCCACCGCCCGAGGUCGCCUUCCCUUCACCUUCGCCGAUUCUUAUGGCUCAAGCCUUGCUCAAUGCGGCUGCAAUCAUCCAACAACAGCAGCAACAAGCACAGCAUCAACAGCAACAACAGCAGAUUUUUAACGGUUUCCAGCAGUUAGCAGUGCCUCCGCCAGUUCAACACCUUCCACCGCACGAUGACAGGUUUAUCUUUGAAAUCUUAAAAACGAAAAACCGUCAUCUCGAAAUUUGAAUUUUUGUAACGAUCAAUACGCCUUUAUUCCUUGAUUGGCGCAAAAUGAUUACCAUGUAAAAACAUUUAUUUUCGAAUUUCUUUUUUAACUUUUUUUUUCGAAAGGUCGCUUUGGAGUAAUAAAGAAGUUUUCGCCAAAUAUAUAGUUCUGAAAUAACAUCCUAAUUUUUUUUCUUUUUGUUUCAUUUUUUAGGCAAAAUGUUUUUGUAGUUUCCCCAUUUAGCUCCCAUCUUAUUAUUUUCCAAUCUUUUUUAGUUUCAGAGACUCGGGAACAGAGUCAAGAUGCGCUUCCAUGACCCCCAGCAACGCCUCGCCUGCUCUUUCACGUUCACCUUCGCAUUCAUCCAGGUAUAUUUUGAUUUAUGUCUUCUUGCUUUAUUUUAUUUUUAUAUCACUUUUUUCUCGCUCAAGUGUCAAAAGGUUCUUGGCCAUUUUCCUAACCUUCAGAAAUUGAUUUAAAAAAACGUUUUUGGGCGUCUUAUAACAUUUUUUUGAACAUACCUCGCAUAUAAUGGUGUCUUCACUAAUUUGAUUUGUUUUUCGAGUAAGACUUCUAGAAAGAGAACAUUGGAAUCGACUAUUCGGAAAUGAGAGGAUUAUAGCUUAAUUUAUAGGCAGUUUAGAGAAGUCAUUCGGGAAUAAAAUAAAAGGUCCUGUAUUUAUCGAAACGUUACUAGUUUAGCUAUUUCGAGAUAUAGAUUCCUAAAAAUUACAAAAGAGGAGAAAGUCAGAAAGUUUCCUGGCUCCGGAACAGGCGGCGCAGUAUUGAGCUGCCGCCAUCGCACUGUCUAAAAAAAAGCGUUUUUUUAUUAGCAGUAGGAAAAUGGAUGACCUCGGAUGACUUCUAAGCGCGAGUUGAUGCGAAAUCUUAUCUCCGCGCUCACCUCAUCAUCAAACAGAGCACCAGGUGUACAGAGGUUGGCCUGAUGACGUGAGGUGCGCGGGUGGCCACCGGUCAAAGUUGUUUUUCACGUUUGCCACGGUGCCACGGCGUCUGGGAUCUCGCAAAUCGCUCCGCUAUCCUCCCCGGCUCGUGUGACCUCAUGCUCCGACCAUCGGGGUUGCGUCACCAGGCGGAGGUCGUCGGCCCAAGCACUCUGGCGCCUUUCACCUCGAGAGCGGCUCCUUUCUUGGGAGGCGGUGGCUAGUUUACGGUGUGAUCGACUGCUCGGGACAUCACCUGCCCGACGCUCUUUUUAUUGGCCAUUUUCCAAGAUUGGUAGUGUGCUCAGAAUAGUGCGUUAAAAAAAUACAAUAUUGUACAGUUAGAACAGCUGAGGUGCUUGAAGGUUGAUAGGUGAACUUGAGGAAGGUCUUUUGACUACGUUGUGUUUUUUUAAUGAUCAAAGUUCGCCUUUGAAACCAAAGAACGUCUUCCACUACCCUAUGGUCCAUUAAGAAAAUCAAAGUCCUUUUUUUAAGCUAUAACUGUGUUCAAAAAAAUCGCUUCAUCGUAAAUUUUUUCACAAAAAAACUGUCAAAAAGAUGAUUCUUUAAUAUGUUAUGAAAGUUCACUACACUAUGAAAAAAAUUCUAUAAAUUUUAAAAUGUUCCAAAAGUUCUAAAUUUGAGAAAAAGCAAAAUUUAACGGUGUAAUGAUAACAUUUUUUCGAAUUCUAGAAAGAAAUCAUUCUUUUCAAUUUUCGAGAAAAUUUUUUUCACAUAAGUGACCUUCAUAAGUAAGCGAAUAACUUUUAGCAAAAGUCAAUAUUUUUUCUCUUUUUCUUUUAUAAAUUAGCUUUUCUUAAACUUCUUGAAAAUUCUCCCAACUCAAGUAAGUCGAUUUUUUCUGUUUAGCCUGUGACAAAACGGCAAACGAUUUUGGUAAAUCCUCUGCUAUUAGGCGAUCAGCCACACUUAUUAGGGAAGCAGACGUUGACGGGCAAGAUGAUAUCUACUAUUGCGCGAAUGAACUAGCGCUGUUGCACCUGCCCACGAUUCCUGUGCUCUUUUUUGGGUGAGAGCACAUGGCACCCUGCUGUUUACCCUAUUACGACGGUGCACGUCAUAAAGGACAGGAAGACUUUCUCGCAGUGUCUUCAGUUUGCGCAAAUAAUGAGGUCCCAGCAACAGUCGCUCGAAAGUUAUGCCGUUCUUAGCUGGAAACAUGGAAGAGUUCUAAAAAAAACAUUUUUUUUUUCAUCUUCCAAUCCCCUAUGAAUCGAGCCUUGAAUGAGACAGGGGUUUUAAUUGAUUUGAUUUUAAAAAAAGUGUUGUAAUAGACCAAAAAUUCUUUCAACUUUUUGAAAUCUUUCAUGCUAGACCGUCACUUUUAUGCUCCUAACAAGGAAGCUCAUUUAAUUUAAGAGUAGGACUUCAUUUCAGCUUCUCCAAAAAGGCUUCAAAGGAAUACAAAAAUUGAAAUUUAAAGUUUAAAAAUUUGGAAUCUUGGACCUAAACCCCCAAGGUUUUCCAAAGAGUGUUUCAAAAAACCUGAAUACCUUUUGAAACUUUAAAACGUCCACCCUUGUGAGAGCUAGGUUCUAAUAUAAGAUUAUAAAUCCUAAAAGCUCAGAAUCGGAAUUAUGAUCUACUUUAUGAAGUUCAAGAGAAUACAUUCGUUUUUCAAGAUCUCUCCUCAGUUUUCUGUUUUAACCGGUUGGAAAAUAAAAGCCUUCCUGUUUCAAAGCAUAAAAAAGUAGGAAAUAUUUUUGCUUCAAAGCUGAAGCGCUAAUAUAUUGAAGGUAUUACGUCAACCGUCACGUCAAUUUUCCGAUUUCCAGAUCGAGCUCCUUCUCGCAUCAACUGAAGCCCUACAACAUCACGCAGUUGCUGCAGCAAAGACAGCUGGCGCAACAAGGAUCUCCACAGCUCAGUCGUCAAGAUUUCCCUCCGCCACCGUCCCUCGGCUUCCCGAAAAAUGAUCCAGCGCCUCAUCUACCUGAAGUCGCUCAGCAUCCACCUGUCGAGCCGAUGCAAGUCGACGUGGACCCGGCUUCUCGAGGCACGGCGACGCCGAUGAUUGACGUCACCACGGACGCUCAGACGCCACAGAAGGAGACGACCUCGUCGGCCUUCGUCCCGAUCCCGCAAACGCCACAAACUUUCAACUCUUACCCCCAUUCGAUCCCCCAAACACCGACGACGCUACAGUCAAAGCCUCCGGGCUUUUUCACUCCGACGAUGGGUCAGCAGUUCCAACAUCAGAUGAUGAUGAACAACGCGAUGACGCCGCAAGGCAGAUACAACACGAUUGCGCCGCCCGUCCCGAUGCCCAAUCAGAGCGCCGAACAGUUCCAUCAACAGAUCAAGGUUUUAUUUUGACGCCGCUUCUUUUUUAUCAUCCUAGCGUUUUGAGAAAAAAUGACAAAAGCUGGACAUAUAAUUGAUAAAGACAAAAAAAAAACGUUUAACGUCGUUUGCCUCUACAUAUAUUUAUAGCGCGAAAUAGUUUUUUACUCUCAAUGAGAAAAUAGGGUUCUUGGCGUCUUUGAGGCACAUAUAAAAGUUUCUUUGCUGGUUGUUGAAAAGAGCACGGAAAGGUCUCAAGGCGAGAGAUGCGAAAUAACACGGAAGACCACUCACCUCUUCGACCUUUCUCUUACAACUCAUCGAGGAAUUUUGAAUAGACCGUACCUCGAUAAAAAAAAACGCAAAGAAAGUUAAAAAUUGGAAUCAGGACCCUACGGUUUUCACUCGGGCAAGUUCAAACGAAGCCUUAAAAUUAUUCACUCAAAAAAAACAUUUUGCAGGGUAAAAUGAAUGAAAAAAUCAACUUUUAGACUCAGGAUUUAGUACUGACUUUAGUUUAGGAAGAAUUGAGAGGGGGGUAUUUUUAAAAGGGCUGCCUUUUCGGUAGAAAAUGUGGAGAAUCUCAAAGUCGACCUUGUCAAAUUUAGGAAAACUUCAGAAAUAUCACACUAGGAAGACCGGAUUCGUCAGAAAGUCACAUUUUGCAGGACUACUACGCGCAGUUCACGAUGCCCGUCAACCCGGACCCGAGCCUUCGUCUCGGCGGCCGCGACGUCUGCACCGUCUGCAACGACAACGCCAGCGGCUAUCACUACGGAGUGAUGAGCUGCGAAGGCUGCAAGGUAAUCAUCCGUUCGUCCGACCAGUCGUAAAUCUCCCGAUCCACAGGGCUUUUUCCGACGCUCCGUCCAGAAGAACAUGACAUAUCAGUGUCACAAGUCGAGCGCCUGCAAAGUCGACCGGAUCUCGAGAAACCGGUGUCAGGCGUGUCGGUACGAGAAGUGCGUCAAGGCCGGCAUGAACAAGGUUCGUUUUCACGCUUUAAAUCAUUAAAAAAUAAAGAAAGUCGGAGUUUUUAUGUAACUUUGAACCAAAAUUAUUUUUUAUAGAAAUUGACAUGACUUCCAAAAAAGUACCUUUUUUGCUAAUUAUUUUUUUUUUGCCGUAUUUUUUAUGGACAUGUGGUCAGAAAUAAUUCUAUUUCUUCUUACAGGAUCAGGUUCGCCUUCAAGACAAGAAGAACCGUCGGAAAGGCGUCGACGAAAAAGAAAACGAGCUCGAUGAGACGAAAAAAGACGUGUCCCGAAUCCAAGAAGUCGCCACUGCCUAUCGAGAGGCCUUCCCAGACGGAUAUAUCGUAGAAUCACUUAAGGUGUCCCUUUUUGCGUUUUCAUAACUCUAUCUUCCUUUCUCAGGCUGCUCUGUCCCGGGUACACUACUUCAUCACAAAAGUUCCCGAGUUCGAAAGUUUCGACUCAGUUGAAAUGGCCAGACGCGCGGAGGCUGCUCUCAGAGGCGUUAUGGUUCGUUAUGAGUUUAAUGUUUGAUAAAGUCCUUUUUGUUGAAAAAAAAGAAUUGGUUUUGGGGAGAACUUAUAGUCAGACUUCUAGGUGAGACUUGAUAAAUGUAUAUAUUUUUUGUAAGUCGUACUCUAAAAAUUGACUCGGAAGUUUGUAAGGAAUUAUCAGUUGCUUCAAUUUCACUUCAAAGUGGUUUUUUUCAUGAAAGGAAUUCCAGCUGCUUCGAGUUGAAAAAUUUAUCUUGCUGUUUGAGAAAAAUUGGUUCAAUGUAAAAAUAUAUUUUGAUAAUCCUCGGUUUUUCUUGAAAAUAUUUUGAGCCAAUCUAUGAUUUUACUGAUGAUGAUUUCACAAAGUCUAUCAAAUUCUUGAGACAUGAUCAACUUUGAGCGUUUCAAAGCGGUUUAUUUCACGAAAGAAGUUUCAGCUCCUCCGUUCGGCCUUCUCCGCCGACCCUUGUGAGUGCAUCAAGCCCCUCGAGCCACGUUUCGACGAAGUGGUCCGUUUUCAUCCCCACAGAACAUUUCCAAAGUUUCAUUCAGGUCAUGAAGCUCCGUUCGAACGUCAAGGAACUCAAGCUGGAGGAGCUCUCGCUUCUGUCUGCGAUCUACAUUUCUCAAGCCAAUUCGAACGGAGAGGAUGAUGAAGUGAGUUUUAGAGCGAAAAAAAAGAAAGAAGUUCUUUCAUUUACAUCUUGUCCGACUCAAUCGAAAAAAAUUUUUUUUUCAGAAUAGUCAGUUUUUUUAUAGUACACAAGACGAAAAAAACUCAAAAACGAAUAGAGGUUGACAAAAAAAUUUAUUUUGAUAAAUCAGAAUUUUUUUACAGUUUCAGUUUGAUUUGCAGUCUGAUUAUUGUAAAUCAAGAUUCGAUAAAAAUUGAAAAAGAGACAUUUUGAAAAUUUUUUCUCAAAUUUGCCUCUUGCAGACUUUCCACCAAAUGUCGAGAAGCUUGCGCGCCUGCGUCGCCACUCAUCCUCUCGACCAGAAUUCUUACGAAAAGCUCGUUUUCAAACUCGGACUCAUCCACUGA